AAACAUAAACAAAAAUUGAGUAAUGGGCCAGAUGGCUGAAACAAGAACCUCGAUUUAGUGGUUCCUGUUUGUGUCUCUGCAGCUACCUCCAAAGGCACGAAUGUACACAUGCAUGUGGUUGCUUUGAGGCUGACGCAGUGUGCUGAUAGAAGAUCUUCAGUUGAGUGUGGAAACAGUUGCAGGAGAUCUUGGUGCAUUGCUUCUCCAGAGUGCCUUCGUCCUGGAUUGAAAAGUUUUGAGCAGCAUGUUUUGUCCACUGACGUUCAUCCUGAUGCCAGUGUUACUGGAUUAUUCCUUGGGCCUCAAUGACUUGACUGCUUUUUACCCUGAGCUAACAGUCCACGUAGGUGAUUCAGCUCUGCUGGGAUGUGUUAUCCAGAGCACCAAAGGAAAAAGUGUGACCAAGGUAGACUGGAUACACUCAUCAGGACAGCAUGUCAAGGAUGAAUACGUGUUAUACUAUUACGCCAACAUGAGCGUGCCCAUUGGGCGCUUUCAGAACCGUUCCCACUUGGUAGGGGAUGUCUCACACAGUGAUGGUUCUCUGCUGCUCCAAGAUGUGCAAGAGGCUGAUCGGGGAAUCUACACCUGUGAGAUCUACCCUGAAAAGGAGGGCAAGGUGUUUAAAAAAGCCAUGGUGCUGCAUGUGCUACCAGAGGAUCCCAGAGAGCUCAUGGUCCACGUGGGUGAGUCAGCUCUGAUGAAAUGUCAUUUCCAGAGCACAGAAGAGAAACGUGUGACCAAGGUAGACUGGAUGUUCUCUUCAGGACAGGAUGCCAAGGAGGAGGUUGUUUUACUCUAUAACCAUAACAAGCCUAUGAGGUAUCCCCAGUAUCAGGGUCGCUUCCAGAACCGUGUAAACCUGGUGGGGGACAUUACCCUCAAUGAUGGUGCCAUCAUGCUCCAGAGAGUGAAGGAGUCUGACGAGGGAAACUACACCUGUCGUAUUUACCUGGGCAGCCUAAUGUUCAGGAAAACCCUUGAGCUGCACGUGAUCCGAGACAAGCCUCAAACAACCUCUAGACCUGAGGUCCUGGGAGGAAAUCAUGUGGUGAUCAUUGUGGGGAUUGUCUGCAUCACUCUCCUGUUGCUCAUUGGUUUGAUACUGAUUGUGAAGAAGACCCACAGGAAUGAGAGGUCGGGAUGUUCUACAACCUUGAUGAAAACUCUGGAGGACACGAAGAAGGCUGAUCUGGAGAAACAUGUUUACUCCUCAAUAACUACAUGGGAAGAAGAACCAAGUGGAAAACCAGACAGCACCUACAUGACCAUGCACCCAGUUCAAACCUCUCUGACAUCAGAUCCAAAUAACCCACUUGGAAAAAAGACAAGCUGGGAAAGUCCCAAAAUAGACCAAGCUUUUUGAGAAGAAAGAAGAGUUCCCUUCAUCUUACCAUGGCAGGGACUCUGUCUUGUGUGUGUGUCCUGAGCCACUGUGCCAGUUACUUCAGAUGUCUGCCUCCUAGCCAUCCUUGGCUUCAGUCAAGGAAUGGAAGAUGGAAGUUUGGAGCCUGGCAGGAAGACUGGACAGCUGUGGAGGACCAGGCCAAAUGAACACAGGGGCCACAUGGGCUCAGCCACUUUGAGUGGCCUCAAGCACUCUAUCAGACCAGACCCUCCAUGUGGACACUUGCUUGUAGAUGAACUGCUAAGAGGAACCAAGCCAAAUGAUUCUUUUGAUAAAUUAUCUCUAAAUAAAUGUGG